AUGGAUAACAGUGAUUGUGAUGCAGAAGAUGCAACUUGGGGGAUAAAAAAAUAUCGAAGGAACCCAUUUAUAAAUAACAAAGAAGACUAUUUUAAUGAGCAUGUGGAAAGGAUAAUUUGCUCUAUAUUAGCAAAUAAAAAUAUAAAAAAAAUAAAUUAUUUAACUUUUGAUGUGUUAUUUAAUUUUUUUAUAAAAAUAAUUAAAAGAUUUGGAUCAAUAUGUAAAAAAUUUUCAUCUUUAAGAGGCAGUGUUGUAGUUAAUUAUAUAGAUAUAAAAUAUUGUUUAAGAUUAUAUUUUAAUAAUAUAUAUAAAGAAAUAUAUAUAAUAAAAAAUUAUAAAAAUAAUUUUGAUCAUAUAAUAUUUAAUAUAAAUAUACAAAAUCGAGAUGAAAAAAUAAUAAAUCAUCAAGAAAAUGAAGAAAAAGGAAAUUAUAUUAAUGUAAUACAAAACUCUUAUUUAUAUUAUCAAAAUUUAUGUACAAAAAAAAAAAAUAAUAAUUUUAAUUCUGAUAAUUCUUUUUCACAAAUAAAUACAGACAAUUUACAUAAUUCACCAUCCAAUCAAAAUGUUAAUGUAUUAUCAUUAGAUGAAAAUAUUGAUAUAGAAAAAUAUAAAGAACUUAUGAGAUUAAAAAAAAAAUAUAUGCAUGAUCAUAUGCCAAUAGUUCCAUUAACUUUAAAUAGAAAAGAAAAAAUUACUGGAUAUUAUAAUGAACAAAAUGAAUUACAUAAUCAAAAUUCAUUUUCAUUUUUUAAUUCAACAGAUCAAUCUUCAUCUGAAUUAUCUGACACAGAUUCAAAUUCAAUAGAUCAAUCUCAUAAUCUUGAUACUUUGGAAAAUGUUCAAAUAUAUAAUAAUGACAAUAAUAAUAGUGGCAAAAAUAGUAAUGAUAAUUUAAUAUAUGAAAAAGAGAUAAUGUGUAAAGAAAAAAUUGAGGUACUAAAAUUAAUACCGAAAAUAAAAGAUAUAUAUAUACAAAAUUCAAGUCAACAAAAUUCACAAUUUAACACUCCAAAUGAUAAGCAUCCUAUUUCAUUUAAUUCGAACAAAUAUAUAGAACCUCAAGAAUAUCAAAAUGGUUUAUCUUUAGGUGAUACACCUUCUCAAGUGUCUAAUCAAAUACAUUAA